CAGCUCCAAAGUUCGAUGGGCGGGAGAUCGUCUGCGACUCAAUGAAGACAGAUCCGGUUCCAUGGUUUCGCAAGUUCGAGCUCACGCUGCAGCUCCACAACGUCAAGGAACACAAGCACCACACAUACUUGUACUCUCGCUCAGGGGGCGCGUGCCAGGCUUGGUUGGACAACCUGUUGUCCAAGUACGGAGUGGUAGCCAACAACUUGCACACCAAGAUCAGUUGGGAUGAUCUGAAGGCGGCGUGCCACAAGCGGUUCCAGGUGGAGCCGCAGGAGAUCAAAGCCAUGGACAAGCUCAUGGUCUUCGAGCAAGGCACGCUGCCGAGUACGGACUGGAUUGCCAAGUACCAACGCUUGACGUCAGUCCCAGACAUCCAGAUGGGCUUCAAAGCCAUCCGCCAUUACUUCAUCUCAAGGUCAUGUCCGACAUUAAGCAAUGCCCUGACGCAUGUUGGGGACACCUUGACGACGACGGCGAAAUUGUUUGACAAGGCCGCGCAGAUCAUCAUCACGAACAAGGAGGCCAAGAACCUCCUGACAUUCGAUAUUCUCGACACGGACUUCGACAUCAUUCUGGGAAUGCCUUGGCUUGCAAGUGCGGAUCACACACUCAACUUCCAUCGGCGGAUUCUUAGCGUUCGCGACGCCUUCGGCGCGGAAGUGGCGUGUACUAUUCCUCUACCGCACCCUUCCAUCCGAUGCCAAGUGGUGACGGCCAAAUCAUUCCGGGCGACUUGCGCUUACGAGCAGCCCGAGGAGAUCGGCCUAUGUUUCCUGCGGACCGUCGCGGUAGCCGACUCUUCACCCACGGACUUGUCUUCGGAACCCCGUGUGGUGCGGUUGCUGGACGAGUUCGCGGACAUCUUCGAGCCACCUAACGGUGUGGUGCCGGAUCGGCCAAUCUCUCACGAGAUCAUCCUUGAGGCCGGUGCCGUGCCGCCAAAAGGUUGCAUCUAUCGGAUGAGCGAGGAGGAGCUUGAGGUCCUCCGCGUACAACUCGACGAUUUGUUGACCAAGGGCUGGAUCCGCCAUAGUAGCUCCCCAUAUGGAGGACCUGUUCUCUUCGUCAGGAAGAAGAACAAGGAUCUGCGACUGUGUAUCGACUAUCGCAAGCUCAACGCGCAAACCGUCAAGAAUGCGGGGCCUCUUCCUCGCAUCGACGAUCUUCUUGAGCGAUUGGGCGGCGCAAAAUAUUUUUCUAAGUUGGAUUUGAAAUCGGGAUAUCAUCAAAUCUCGAUUCAGCCGAACGCUCGCUACAAGACCGCGUUCAAGACGCGCCGAUCACUAGAGGAUCAUCUUGGGCAUCUUCGACGAGUGUUGGAGACGCUCCGCCGCGCCAAGUACAAGGCCAACCGCGACAAGUGUGAAUUUGUCCGGCAAGAGCUGGAAUACUUGGGCCAUUUUGUCACACCGGAGGGCAUCAGUCCGCUAUCGGACAAGAUUCAGGCCAUCCAAGAGUGGUCGGAGCGUCAGAACGUCCCGGAUGUCCACUCGUUCCUCGGUCUUGCCGGCUACUAUCAUCGCUUCAUCAAAGGCUACUCGAAGAUCGCGGCCCACUUGAACAAGCUUCAAUGCGAGGAUCGGCCGUUUGAUUUCGGAGAGGAGGCGCGAGGAUCAUUCUUCGCUCUCAAAGCCGCGCUAUUGUCUGCGGAGGUCUUGCGGAUGUACGACCCGCUCUUGCCUACGCACGUCACUACGGAUGCGUCAUGCUAUGGCAUUGGUGCAGUCCUCGAGCAACAUGAUGGUGUGGACUGGCACCCGGUCGAGUACUUCAUCGUGCAUUCCAUUGACGAUGCACGCAAGAAGGAGCUCCUCGCCUUCGUCCAUGCGCUCAAGCGGUGGCGGCACUUCCUCCUUGGUCGAAGCCAAUUUCACUGGGUAACGGAUAACAAUCCGCUGGUCUUCUACAAGACCCAAGACACCGUCAACAGCACCAUCGCUCGAUGGAUGGCUUUCAUCGAGCAGUUCGACUUCUUUCCCGAUCACAUUCCCGGGAACUCGAACCGUUUUGUGGAUGCUCUUUCACGGCGUCCGGAUCAUUAUAUCGCGGUCUACUCAACCUUCAAGAUCGACGAUGACCUGCAGAACAACUUCAUCCGCGGCUACCAAGCCGACCCCGGGUUUCGCGACAAGUACGCGAAUUGCUCCUCUCCUAAUCCGGCUCAUUCUCACUACCGGAUCCAAGAGGGGUACUUGCUUGUCCACACGCGGGGGAAGGACCUUCUUUGCGUACCGAGUGAUCCUCACUUGCGUACACGGCUUCUUGGCGAGUUCCACAAUGCUCCCGCCACUGAACACUUUGGAGUCAAUCGCACAAUUGGCCGACUUCGCCAGCGAUUUUGGUGGCCCGGCCUUCUCGGCGACGUCACGCCCUAUUGCGAGUCAUGUGAGGUUUGUCGAUGCUGCAAAUCUCGCAACCAUCGUCCGUACGGCGAGUUACGACCAUUGCCAGUCCCGUUGAGGGGAAGGGAAGCGAUUGCCAUGGACAUUACCGGGUCGUUCCCCAAGCACAAGACCGGAGUGGAUGGGAUUCUCACGGUGGUCGACCGACUCACCAAGUUCGCCAUGUUUUUGCCUUGUCGCUAUAAUGCCAAGGCACCAGAAUUGGCCGAGGUUCUUUACGCAGGUUGGAUUCGAACCAAGGGUUACCCCAAGGAGAUCGUCUGCGACCGCGACACUCGGUUCAUGUUCGAUUUUUGGUUGGCGCUCAUCAAGCGAUGGGGCUCAUCUUUCAAGCCCAGUCCAGCUCGCCACCCUCAGACCGAUGGCCAGACGGAGAGGGCGCAUCAGACCGCACAGGUUCUCCUUCACACUCUCAUCCGCCCCGACCAGAAGGAUUGGGUUGAGCGGCUGUCGAACGUCGAGUUGGCCUACAACUCUUCUAUCCACCCGGCUAUUGGGAUAUCGCCUUUCGAGUUCGAGCACGGCUCGCCGGUCACUUCACCGUUGGACACUAUUACUCCACGCACGGCCGAGAGCGACGACCAUCUUCUUUUCUUGCGUCACAUGCAAGAGCUUCUUGUCAAGACACGCGACCAGAUGGCUAAGACGCAGCAGCGCAUGAGCCAGCAGGCCAAUCGCCAGCGUCUUCCUUGUCCAUUCCGCGUCGAUGACCUCGUCUGGGUUUCCGCAACGGAGUUCAGCCUUGAACAAGACAUCUCUCGCAAGCUCCUUCCGAAAUGGAUGGGGCCUUGGCCGAUCGUAGCGCCCGUUGGGGACGCACCCGAAGGACCUUCCUUCACGAUUCAGCUGCCUGGCCACUUGCACGUCUACCCAGUCUUUCAUUGCUCCAAAUUGGCUCUCUACACGCCAGCGGAACAUGACGAUUUUCCCACGAGACGUACGCAAGACCCACCUUCUAUGGACGGUUUUCCGGAGGUCGGCGACAUCAUCUCCCAGCGACGCUACGGCAACAAGCCAACUGAGUAUUUGGUGCAUUUUGCAUACUGCACACUACGAGUGGACCGUUGGUUAACCCGUGCAGAACUUCAAGCAACAGCUCCAGACGUUCUCGCACGCUACAAACGCAAGAUGCAAGGCAAGCCGGUUUCUUCGGCUCCACGCCACGCCCGCGUCCAAGUUCCACCUUCAGAUCCUCGGCUCCACCCUCGCCCCGGCUUGACUUCAUAAGGAGGGGGGGGUGUUACAUGCUGCGCGUGCACACGCGGGCCAUUUUUCAGGUCCUGCGUCCUUCAGGCCAAAAGCCUGAAUUUC